AUGACUCUAUCAUAUGCUAUAGCCCAGGAUGGAACACAUGUUUUUUCUAAUAGAAAGUUGGGAAAGCAUCUCUUUGUAAAUGAAAGUACAGUUGAAGUUUCGGAUACCAUUCCAAGUAUCUACUCCAAAUUGGAAUUUCAGGACAUUUCAGCUAUUAUUGGUAUUAUUAGGUUGAAAAUAAAUAAAUAUUUGAUAUUAGUUGAAAAGCACACCGUUAAGGGGUCAAUAUUGGGAAAUGCAAUAGCUAAGGUUGAUACUUAUAAGGUGAUACCGUUAGGCAAUCAUGAGAUCGCAAAGAAAAGCUCUGAGGAGGCUCAUUAUUUAGAUCUUCUUGACUAUCAUCUUACAUCUGCUACAUUGUUCUUUUCAGUUGACAACGGCUAUGAUUUGACUAACUGUUUGCAGAAGCAAUUCACGACUUCACAUUUGAAGCAAGAUGAUCGUUUCUGGUGGAACAAAUUUUUAAGUGAAGAGCUUUUGAAUUCCAAUGCUGAUGGAUUUGUGACACCUAUGAUUUAUGGCUACUUUAAGUCACAUUCAGCUGUAUUCAAAGGCGGCAGAACUUUGGAUUUCGCAUUAUUAACUCGUCGGUCAGUUCAAAGAGCUGGUACUAGGUACUUCCGUCGUGGUAUCGAUGAAGAUGGAAACGUGGCCAACUUCAAUGAAACAGAACAGAUAUUUACUACCAGUGAUCAACAUGUUUUCUCGUUCUUACAAACGAGAGGAUCAGUGCCAGUGUAUUGGUCCGAAAUAAAUAAUUUGAAGUACAGACCUAACUUGGUCAUUUCCACAAAAUCUUCCCUAGAUGCAACGGUGAAGCACUUCACUGAACAGGUUAAAACCUACGGAGAAGUUUACUGCGUCAAUUUAGUCAAUCAGAGUGGUUAUGAACUACCCGUCAAAAGGGCGUACGAGGCUGCUGUUGAAAACCUUCCCCAACCUUUGGCUUCUAGUGUUAAAUAUAUUUAUUUCGACUUUCAUCAUGAAUGUCGCAAGAUGAGGUGGGAUAGAGUUAAGUUAUUAUUAGAUCAUUUGAUAAAGUUGGGCUUCACCAGUGGUGAAUACUUCCACUUUGAUUUGUCUACGAAGGAGGUUAAGUCAACCCAGACAAAGAUAAUCCGUACUAACUGCAUGGACUGUCUUGAUCGUACUAAUGUUGUUCAAUCAACCCUAGGUCGUUGGGUCUUACAAAAUCAAUUGGAGGUGGCCAAUUAUUUGCCAUCCUCUAAUGUGACACCAUGGGAGAUCUUAGACCCAAAGUUCAAUUUGUUUUUCCAAAGCUUUUGGGCGGAUAAUGCUGAUGCUGUAUCAUGCGCCUAUUCUGGAACAGGUGCUUUAAAGACUGACUAUACUCGUACAGGUAAGCGUACACGUCUUGGUGCACUUCAGGAUCUAGUUAAUUCGAUUACGAGGUAUUAUAGAAAUAAUUACAAAGAUGGUGUUAGGCAAGAUGCAUACGAUUUGUUCUUGGGCAAGUAUAGGCCAUAUCAGGACUCGGUUAACUCCCCUUUCAUUGACAGAAGACCACCAUACGUACAGCUUUUGCCAUAUUUAAUGGGCACCUCUCUUAUUGUCUUAUUGGCUAUCUUAUGCUACCCAAGAGGCUCUAUUUUGGAUUUGAAGAAUAUUUUAGUCAUAGGUGGCUGCUUGAUCUACAACCUUAGGAGCUUCUCGUAUCUCAAUAGAGAAGGUUAUCAAUUUGUCAAUUGGCCGAAGUUGAACAAACUAGACUAUUUGAAGAAAACAGAUGUUUUUGACGGCGAAGGGAAGUUCAUGGGUAUCCGCUACGAGGAAGUAGACUCAUUCAAGACUGUAGGAAAGAAAAGAUCUUAA